CACAUACAUUUUUUUUUUAUUUCUGUUUUCAUAAAACAUCGAUGCCACUCAGUUUGAUUUCUAGUCAUCAAUCAUUGUGGCAAAUGUUGGUUAGCAAGAAAGUAGUUCAAGUGCAAGUGACCCAGUCACGGCCAACAUAGUGAGGCGGUUCAUUUCAGGGUCGUUACGCGAAUUACGCCGAGAAAUCGCGGAAGUUUUCUUCAUGUCGUCAUCAUUUCUACCUCCUCCUCCUCCUCCUUCUUCUUUUUAAUAGUCAAGAUAGUAAUCCGAUGAACAAACGAAUAUAUACAUACAUAAAAUAAUAAGUAGUAGGUGAAGGUUAAUCGGAAGUCACGAACGACCGUGUUUUUUGUGGAUUCAGAAUAGGAUACCACUUGGAAAGCUCGCACUUGGAGGGAGGUAGCGAUAUAAAUUAGAAAUAGACGGAUUUGCGAUAAGCGAACAGAAUCGAUCGAACUUUCGAACGGAGUAACACGGCAUUUGUUUGAGGAAGAAGAAAAAGAAGAAUUAAAAAUAGUUGGUUGUUAAUAGGAAGCUGUUUUUGGAGCAACUAUACGAAAAGAAAAAGAAGAAAAAAAGAAGAAAGGUAUCAGGGAACUGAUCAUCUGAGAAUUUCUCUGAAAAAAUUAGAAUAAUAAGAAAAACAUUUGUUAUUUUAUUUCUUUCCUUUUUUUCUUCUUUUCAUUGUUAAAUCACCACGAAUACCUCACGUUCGGGAUAUUGAAAAGAUUACUUUGUAUCUUCCUCAAGAAGAUACGUAUAAGAACAACGAGAACCAAGCGAGUAAGAUCAGAUUCGGAGACCAAUAAGAACAUUAAGAAGGAAGUUCCUUGAGGAAAGGGAGCGAAGUUUCUCGAAGACUUGACCGCCAUUAGCUUCGACUGACUCUCGUGUUCUACACUCUCAAUCUUCUUCUUUCUCAAGAAGAAGCAACUUCGUAGGUGCUGUGGAAAGAGCAGAGAUCUCUCUUAACACACACUCGUUCGUUCGUUCGUUCGUUCGUUCGUUCGUUUUCAUACAUAUAUCGUCAUCACUUUUCUUUUUUUUUUUUUGGUUCAUGAAACGUACAAUUUUUUCCAAUAAAAAAUUCACACUAAUUUCGUCGUGAUCUAAGAGACAUUUCGGUAUUACAGUCGUACAAGACGUCGUUGAAAAGAAGCGGGAAAUUUUUCGAAGGUGGGGUAUGGUGAAAGAAAGAAAAAAAGAUAGAUUGAUAAAGAAAGUCAAGUCAAGAUUAUUAUUUUUACGAGUUAGAAUCAAUUUCGAGAUUUCGAAAAAAUACAGUGGGAUUUGUUCUAUCAGUAGUCGGAUAAACGAUUUUAAAGAUUGUGAGCACGUGGUUGACUUAGAGAGACAGAGAGAGACAGAGAGAGAGAGAGAGAGAAAGAAAUAGAAACAAAGACAAAGACAGUGAUAGAGACAGAAAGAGCCUUCAUGCGAGACAAGCUGUAGAAAGAUAUACGUCUCUGUAUACGUCUGCUAAAGUAGUCGAUGCAAGAGAGAUAGACGGAUAGAGAGAUAGAGAGAUAGAGAUUGGCGUUGGCUAUAACUCGAGAAAGAUAAAAAGAGAACGAAAGGGUUCGGCCCCUCUUUGGAAAACUGGUUGAGAGAAGAACAUGGCAAGAGGAAUUCUGCAAAGAAUUGAACUCAACGUAGCCGACGAAAUCGAUGAAGAAAGAAAACUGAGAAGAUUGAAAUGGAGAAAUCUCGUUGCAUUUUGGAUACUUGGAAUGUGUAAUAAUUAUGGUUAUAUCGUGAUGUUGAGCGCGGCACACGAUAUCCUUGAAAGUAGAUUUGGUACUUUGAAUACAACAAUUACGUCUAAUGGGACAAAUACUAAUAACGAAAGAUCAUGUAAUGGCAUGUCGACCGGAGCUAUACUUUUAGCUGAUAUAUUACCCUGUUUGGUAAUUAAAAUAAUUGCACCGUUCCUGCCGUUUUUUGUGCAUGUUCGACUGGCUACCUGUGUGUUAUUUUCCGCUGCAGGAUUCCUCAUAGUGUCAAUGAGCAUUACAGAAUGGCUUGCAAUUUUGGGCGUCGUUGUAACAUCUGUUUCCUCAGGAUUGGGUGAAGUUACGUUGCUGAGUUAUAGUCAUCAGUAUCCAAAACAAGUUAUCUCAACGUGGUCGUCGGGAACUGGAGGUGCCGGUAUCAUUGGUGCCCUAUCUUAUGCGAGUUUAUCGAUGUGGCUGAAAACAUCAGAAACUUUGUUACUGAUGUUGAUUGUACCAUUAAUACAAGCUAUAACAUUUUGGUUUAUCUUGGUUCAUCCAUCUCAAAUGAAUAUUCCUGUUACCAAGAGUGGUAUAGACAGUCAGGAACAUAUCAUCGAAGUACCAAGAAAAAGUUUCAAGGAUAAAAUCCUUUUACUUCCUGGUUUACUCAAAUACAUGAUUCCCCUGGGAUUCGUUUAUUUCUUCGAGUAUUUUAUUAAUCACGGUCUGUUCGAGUUAAUCCAAUUCGAUAAUAUAUGGCUGAAACAUCAGGAGCAAUACAGGUGGCUUCAAGUAGACUAUCAGAUAGGCGUAUUUAUUUCGAGGUCAUCGGUGAAUCUAGUUACUAUUAAUAAGAUCUGGAUCAUGGCUGUUCUACAGUUUUUCAACGUCAUUGUUUUACUUUUCGAGACGAUCUAUUAUUAUAUACCAAAUAUUUGGAUCAUCUUUACUAUUGUUCUAUGGGAAGGUCUUCUAGGUGGUGGUGCUUAUGUCAAUACUUUUUAUAGAAUGUCGACUGAGAUUCCACGAGCAGAUAGAAAAAUUUCUUUGGGAAUUGCCACAAUGGCAGAUUCGAUUGGUAUUGCAUUAGCAGGUUGGUUGGCAAUGCCAGUGCACAAUGCAAUUUGUAAUCUACCAAAACCCAUGCGAUUAGGUAGCUAGAAUGGAAUGUCCAAUUGUUUUCGAUAAAUUCUACAGAAAAAGAAAUUUAAAAAUCGUGCUACCAAGGCACGAAAGAGAGAGAGAGAGAGAGAGAGAGAGAGAGAGAGAGAGAGAGAGAGAGAGAGAAAGAGAGAGAGAGAAAGAACGAUCUUAAUAUCUAUAUAUAUGUAUGAUGAUAUGCGUAUGUAUUUAAUUUAUUCUUUAAAAUCUUCCAAAAGAUUGAGAAUUUUAUUUAUCGAUUCAAUCGAUAAAAAAUAUGAAGUAAGCUCGUAAAUGGUUAGACUAUAUUUAAUCUUAUUAAUUUAAGUGAUACACCGAAUGAUGAACAUGAUAGAUCCUUGUGAUUUUUUGUGAUCCACCAAGUGGAUAAAUCUUUUGUUAAUUUCGUCUUGUGUCUAUUUUAUUUAAACAUUUUUAUUUCUGUGUAUCUCUCGUGUAUAUAUAUAUAGGAAUGCGGAGAGAAUACGUGUAGACAUUUCAGUGACGUCUGCGUUUAUUUUUCUUUUUUGGAGUUUUUGAUACUCGUCUCGUACAAAUAUGUAUUUAUAGAAGAUUAGGAACAAGGAUAACGCGCGUCUGACUUAUUAUGAAGAUAAAGAGACACACAUACACCCACAUGCGUACACAUGUUCUCGCACAUACAAAAUACUAUAAUUUAAAAAAAGGAACAUGAGAUUAAUUUGUUCGAUUUUUCAAAAGUCCAUAUAGUUUUUCGAAUAUUACAUUCAUCGUUGAAAUUUUUCCGUUAUCAUUUUCUUUCUUUUUUUAUAUAGCAUUAGAUUUUCCUGAUGAAUUAGAACCGAAUUUUCUUUAUUCAAUUUUCAAACACUCGGCUAUGAUGAGACGAUACGACGUACAAGCAUUUAUAGCACUUAGCUUUUACAACGUCGAUUACAUUAUUUAAUCUAUUUCAUUAAUUAAAGAUUAAUUCCAGUAUUAAUAGCCAGUCGUAUAGACGUUAGAUUAUAUCAGAUGUGUGUGUAUAUAUAUAUAUAUAUACAUACACACUUGAAAAUUAUUUUUCUUUUUCCUUCUCUUUCUUUUUUUUUUCUUUUUUUCAAUAAACUGGACGCAAGAAAAAUGUUGAGUAUACGUGCGUAAAAAUUAUUCCUUCGAAGUUUGCUAUAGCAAGAAAAGAAGAAGCAAAGAAAAAAACAAAAAGUUACAUAAUAAUUUUUUUUCAAUAAUUUAAAAAAAAAUUUUCCUUACACAAUUUUGUAACUUCUUCUUUUUUUUGGUUUCUUUUUUCUUAGACAAAAGUGCGAGUUUAUUCGAACAUUUUUUUUUGAUCGAUCAACAAACGAUAAAUUUUCGUAUUGCAUAUCGUUGAUCGUUCAAUGUUGAAAAGCUUUAAAAAAUAUUGAAGAAAAAUAGGAACUUCGAUAAAGCAACGUGCGAAUAUUUGGGUAAAAUAGGAACUGUAUCGUUACCUUUUGAAUAAGCACGCUGACCCAACGACAUUGGCGAUUGUAUAAAACGAUUUUUCGAUUAAUAAAAUGUUUUACAUAUUGA